ACAAAAUAAACAUGUCAAAACAGAGCUGCCUUUUGCGCUCGGCGGUGGAGAAGUUUUUUGGACGAAAUUUUCGCUUAACCACCGACUGAUCAUGGUGUUUUCGAAGAGAAAGAUGAAGCAGUUCCUAGCGUUCGGAGUGACGAUCGUGCUCGUUAUUUGUUUGUACAAAUCAUGGGGCAGUCCAACAAACGGCAUGUCACCACACUACGCUUACGAUGACACCGGCGAUAACGAUGUUGUCGGAGUGCUAGAUAACAAAGCUGUCGAUCAGGAGAGUCGGAGAGCCGCCGGUCCAUCACCCGAACGGCUCGUGCUGUCAGUGGCCGAUCGGAACGGUCACAAGCAACAGCACAACAGUAUCGAUGGAGCCAGCGAUGAUGCCGUCGACGACGACGACGUUGCACGGCUGCUGGUACAAAGUAAGCAUCGAUCGUUCCGGAAAGGAUUGGCCGCAGGCGGUGAGGCGAAACGAAGGAAUGAGCCACUGCACGGUGACGAUCUAGCACUGGACGAUCCGGAGCGAGAAUCGCGGCUAAAUGAGCUGCACGAGGCUAAGCGACAGAUACUGGUGCUGGAACGAAAGAUACAGGAACUGGAGGGCCGGAUACCGCGCAAAUAUCCGGACGUAACGUUUUUGAACUACAAAAAUCGCAAACGCAUUCUGAUAACGGGUGGAGCCGGUUUCGUUGGAUCGCACCUGGUCGAUUUUCUCAUGAUGCAAGGUCACGAGGUGAUCGUAGCGGAUAACUUCUUCACGGGCCGGAAGCGCAACGUGGAACACUGGCUCGGGCAUGAAAACUUCGAGCUGAUCCAUCACGACAUCGUCAAUCCGCUGUUCAUCGAAGUGGAUGAAAUCUAUCAUCUGGCCAGCCCGGCCAGCCCACCGCACUACAUGUACAAUCCGGUCAAAACGAUCAAAACCAACACGCUCGGUACGAUCAAUGUGCUUGGUUUGGCGAAACGGGUCGGCGCCAAGGUACUGAUUGCCAGCACGUCCGAAGUGUACGGUGAUCCCGAUGUGCAUCCGCAGCCCGAAACCUACUGGGGUCACGUUAAUCCGAUCGGACCGCGAGCCUGCUACGAUGAGGGUAAACGGGUGUCGGAAACGCUGAGCUACGCCUAUGCGAAACAGGAGAAAGUGAAUGUACGCGUGGCGCGGAUUUUUAACACGUACGGACCACGGAUGCACAUGAAUGAUGGACGGGUGGUGUCUAAUUUUAUCAUACAAGCGCUACAAAACCAGUCUAUUACGAUUUAUGGCAGUGGGCGACAGACACGAUCGUUCCAGUAUGUAUCGGAUCUGGUCGACGGUUUGGUUGCGCUGAUGGCAUCCAACUAUACGCAACCCGUCAACCUUGGCAAUCCGGUCGAGCGGACGAUCCAAGACUUUGCCGAAAUUAUACGCGAUCUAGUGGGAUGCAAGAGCAAAAUUAUUGAACUGCCCGCCGUCGAAGAUGAUCCGCAGCGACGGAAACCAGAUAUUUCGAGGGCAAAGAAAUACAUCAACUGGGAACCAAGGGUUCCUCUACAAGAAGGGCUUAUGAAAACGGUGGAUUAUUUCCGCAAAGAACUAGCACGCUCAAAUCACUCACAGCGAAACAUCUUUGUGCCCGAAACGACGGAGUUCCGCACAUUGCUAUGAUAUCGGGCAAAGAGUUGUGAUAUGGAUUAAGCAG